AUGCAGGAUCCAGAGAAGAAGAUCCAAGGCCAUGAAGCAAAGGUCUACCCAGCCCACGAUGCUCCAGAUUACAGCGAAGAAGUGUACGAUCCGUCUCAAGAGACUCUGAUGACUCGAUUGGGUCUCAGUAUUGAAUCGUUCAAGCGUGCGCCAGGAUCCACCAGAGGUUUAGUGGCACACGGCGACGUCCCACCUGAGUUUGUGGCUCAUGAUAAUCCGCUCCUUCAGCAAAAGAUGAAGCCUAGGCAUCUGCAAAUGAUCGCUGUCGGUGGAUCUAUCGGCACUGGACUUUUCGUCGGAUCAGGUCAAUCCCUCAAAGAUGGUGGACCUGCUGCCGUUCUCCUCGCAUGGAUCAUCAUGGGUGUCAUGUUGAUCAACGUCACUCAAGCUCUCGGUGAAAUGGCAUGUCUUUAUCCCGUCUCAGGUGGUUUCUAUACCCUCGCCUCUCGAAUGCUGGAUCCUUCUUUCGCUUUCGCCAUGGGAUGGAACUACGUCUUGCAAUGGGCUGUCGUCUUACCUCUUGAAAUCACAGUCGCUGGAUCUACCGUUCAAUAUUGGACUACUCCUGUUCCUCUGGCCGCUUGGAUCACCAUCUUCAUGAUCGUCAUCUUCAUUGCUGCUGCCUUUGGGACACUAGGGUAUGCCGAAGAAGAGUUUUGGUCAUCAUGCCUCAAGCUUUUCGUCGUCAUCGUUUUCAUUUUCAUCGGAAUCGUUUGCAUUUGUGGUGGCGGUCCUUCAGAUGGAGAUUACGCUUCGUAUGUCGGAGGACGAUAUUGGAGUAAUCCAGGUGCCUUUGCCAACGGGUUCAAGGGCGUCUGCGCAAUGUUUGUCACCGCAGCUUUCUCUUUUGCAGGAACCGAGCUCGUCGGACUCGCCGCCACCGAGACACCUGAUCCUCGAAAGACUCUCCCGUCCGCGGUCAAGAACACUUUCUGGCGUAUCACCCUCAUCUACAUCACCUCGCUCACCAUCAUCGGUCUCGCUAUCCCUUACACUGAUGAGCGACUCGGUGUAGGAUCCGGUGCAAACGCCUCCCCAUUCGUUAUCCUAAUGGACCGAGCUGGGAUCCCGGGUCUGAAUCAUUUGAUCAACGUCACCAUUUGUAUCUCUGUCCUUUCCAUCGGUCUCUCCUGUGUCUAUGCUGGAUCUCGAACUCUGACUGCCUUGGCUGAGACUGGUUACGCUCCUCGAUGCUUCACCUACGUCGACAAAUCCGGACGACCUCUCUACUCAUUGAUCGCCAUCUUGGUCUUUUCCCCAUUGGCUUACAUCAACGUCGCUGAUGUCGGAUCUACAGUCUUUGAUUGGCUCGUCGCUUUAUCUGGUCUCUCGACACUCAUCACCUGGCUCUCUAUCCUCAUCACCCACAUGCGAUUCCGUAAAGCCUGGCGAGUCCAAGGUCACUCAGUCGAAGAGCUUCCGUUCCGAGCUCUCGGAGGUUACUGGGGCUCAGCACUCGGUGCUUUCCUCAUUGUCAUUGUCCUCAUCGCCCAAUUCUACAUCGGUCUCUUCCCCCUUGGAGAGAGCGUCACGGCAUCUCAGAGAGCCGAAUCGUUCUUCCUCGCCUAUCUCACCGUCCCUAUCGUUGCUGUCUUCUGGAUCUUCGGAUACUACUGGAAACGCACUCUCCCUCGAAAAGCCCAUGAGAUCGAUCUGGACACUGGACGAAAGUGCUGGUUGACCGUUGAGGAGUCUAGGGCCUAUCGACGCGAGAGGGCUAAUGCGCCUUGGUAUGUACGUUUGUACAGACUGCUUUUCAGCAAUUAG